CCCCUUCUCAGAGUACACCUGCCGGGUGUCGGCGCAGCUCCUCCCCGCAGCAACCACGGGGCUCCGGGUCCCCGACAGUGCAUAGACCGUGCAGAGCAGCACCAGCAGCCGGUGACUCCUCUGAUUCCUCCAACCUGUGACCUGAAAUGUCAAUGGGAGACUCCAACCUGGACAGUCUGGAGGAGUGGGAUGGCUUCUCAGAUUCUGGCAGUGACUAUGAGACCACGAUGAGAGCCACAAAGGGCCGAAGACAGGCAGUGCCCGGACCUCUGCCACCCAAGAGACCCAGGCGUAAAGCUGCAUUGAAGGUCCCCACUCCUCCGGACCCCUCCCUGCAGCAGCACCCCCGGGGGACACGCAGGCAGGCCUCUCCUAGACCUGUGAAAGACGUGAAUAAGGGGAACCAGGGCAUCAGUGCAGAGGACAUCUAUGAUGCUGUCCGCUCUGGAAAGAGCGCCAUGGUGACGGUGGUGGACGAGUGGCUGGACAGCUACAAGCGAAGCCGAGAGGCGGGGCUGCUGGUGCUCAUCAACUUCAUUGUGCGGUCCUGUGGAUGCAAAGGUGUGGUCAGCAGAGAGAUGUUUGACAGCAUGCAGAAUGCUGAGAUCAUCAGCACAUUAACCAGAGAGUUUAAUGAGGAUUCAGUCAACUACCCUCUGUCCAUCCCGGGCCCCCAAAUGAAGCGUUUCAAAGCGGGCCUGUGUGAGUUUGUCCAGGUUCUGGUGCGCUCCUGUCAGAACAGCAUCAUUUAUGACGAGCUCCUCUUCCCCUCGCUGCUGGCCCUGCUCACCGGCCUGUCUGACUCCCAGGUCCGAGCCUUCAGACACACCAGCACCCUGCUCGCCAUGAAGUUGAUGACUGCGCUGGUGGAAGUAGCUCUGACAGUGUCUGUUCAGCUGCAGACCACCCAGCGGCAAUACGACAUGGAGAACAGCAAGAGGGCGCAUGACAGAUCCUCUGACAGACUGGAGGAGCUGCAGGCCACCGUCAGCGAGCUGCGGGAGAACAGAGAGGAGGUGUUCUCCAUGAUGAACGGCAUGUUCCGCGGGGUGUUUGUGCACCGUUACCGGGACCUGCUGCCUGAGAUCCGGGUGGCUUGUAUCGAGGAGUUGGGCAUGUGGCUGAAAAACGAUCCCGAAGACUUCCUCAAUGACGGAUGUCUUAAAUACCUGGGAUGGACCCUGCACGACAAGCAAAGUCCAGUGCGUCUGCAGUGUGUACGUGCCCUGCAGGGUCUGUACCAGGAGAAGGAAUUCAUUGGACGCCUAGAGCUUUUCACUAGCAGAUUUAAAGAGAGGAUGCUCAGCAUGGUGCUGGAUAAGGACUCUGACGUGGCAGUGGAAGCGGUCAAUCUGUUACUCCUGAUCCAACAGGGCACAGAGGAAGGCCUCAGAGAACAGGAGUGUGCCCACAUCUAUCCCCUGGUUUAUGCUUCACACAAAGGCCUGGCGUCUGCAGCUGGCAGCUUCCUCUACAACAAGCUGAAAGGUGUGCUUACCAGUGUCAGCCAGGAGCAUCUGCCGAAGAGUGACAACGCAGCCUUCUUUCAAAUCCUCAUCUCCUUCUUCAUCCAGAGCGAGUUCCACGAGCACGGGGAGUACCUGGUGGAUAGUAUGUGGAGUGUGGCGGGAUCUGAGCUGAGAGACUGGGAGACUAUGACCGCAUUCCUUCUACAGGACGCUGGUCUAAUGUACGAGGAAGAGGGGGCUCUCAUAGAUCUGAUGAUGUGCGCCAUCAGACAGGCGGCACAGGCGACCCCACCUGUUGGGAGAACUCAGGGCAAGAAGAGCCUAAAUUCGAAGGAAAAGAAGGUCAUGGAACAAGACAGGAGACGUAUCACCACGCACUUCAUCCCCUUACUACCACAGAUUCUGGCCAAGUACUCAGCAGAUGCAGGGAACGUGAGCCUCCUUCUCAAAGCUCCCCUCUACUUUGACCUGGAGAUGUACACCAGCACUCGGCAGCUGGAGAAGCAUCUGGACCUGCUGCUGUGUCAGACGUGUGAUAUUGUGACGAAGCACACCGAUGCGAAAGUGUUGGAGGCCUGCGCCCACCUGGUCAACACCCUCUGCUCCGACCACUACACCUUCUCGUCCCGCUCACACCUGGCAUUCAGCCAGCUGCUGGACGGCCUGUGCGAGUGCUUCAACACCUACGUCAGUGACCUGCUGCAGGGUACCGCAGACGAGGAUGACAUCUACAGUGCAGCCACUGCACUGAAAAAGAUCGCAGCCCUGAGCAGCGCCAAGGACCCGACAGGCUGGAAGCUGUUCGACUCGUGUCUCAUGCUUCUGAAGAGCAGGCUGGAGUCCGGAGAGCUGGACAGUGAGCUCAUGGUUCCAGCUCUGAAGUGUGCGGCCUUCCACCUGAUGUGGGCUAAAGUGGAAGCAGUAAACUCGAUACCAGCCACGGCCGAACUGAAGCGUCUGCAGAAGGAGGUGCGCUCGUUCUGCAGAGUCUGUCAAGCCUGUCUGUCUCUGAACGAGACCCAGAUCAGAGACCAGGCGUUUGAGUUGCUCUGUGACUUGCUGCUGUUGUACAGUACGACCGCGGCUCGCUCUGAAAGCGCCCUCCAAUCGUUGGUCCACCUGCCGUCUGAUUCCCUGCGCUCUGAGAUGGCUGCUUUCGUUCUGGACUACAUCUUCUCUGACGCUGAAGAUACUGAGAUCAAUGUCGAGGAGGAGGAGGAGAUGAAGAUAGCUCUUCUCCAGAGGAAGCGCAACCAGCUGGCCGGCUACUGUAAGCUGGUCAUCUAUGGGGUGCUGGACCUUACCGCCGCCACCGUCGUCUUCAAGCACUACACCAAGUACUUUAAAGACUUUGGCGAUAUCAUUAAAGAGACUAUAAGCAAGAGCAAGCUCAUCAACUCGGUUCAGAGUGCCAGGACUGUGUGUCUGAGCCUGCAGCAGCUGUUCUCAGAGAUGCUUACGGAGCUUCACAGCCGGCAGGAUCUCGGUGAGAUUAGGGACUUGGCAAAGAGGCUUGCCAUGAGUUUUGGCAUCGAUCUCCGCAGUGUCCGCAAACCACUGAUGGCCCUGCACAUGGACGGUAUACGUUUUGCAUUUCGGGACCCACAGGAGGGAGAAGAGCAACCCCCCAAUGCGGCCUUCUUGGAGAUCCUCAGCGAGUUCAGUUUCAAGAUGCUGCAACAGGACCGAACCCAGCUGGCUGCGUUUCUGAAAUCAGAGUGUCCCACUGCUGCCCCCUCCUGGCCACCAGUCAGAGUCUAUCAGCGCUCCUUGGAGGUUCGCUCCGUUUCUAAACCCAGAGAGCAGGAGGAGCGCGGCGAUGCUGCCUCCUUACAUGACAGCCCUGUAGCUAAACGCAAGAGGACCACUGCUCAGGGUUCAGCAUCCAGCACAGUCAGAGGAUCCUGGUUAGAAAGCAGCAGCAUCCACAGCAGCCUGCACACCCCAGCCCUCACCUCCACCGCCCAGAGACAACCAGCCAAGCCAACAGCCUCCAGGAAGCCCAGAGACACAGAGUCUGAUAUCGGCAGAAGCCCGAUUGAGCCACUGUCUGAGGAGGAGUUCUCCUCAGGGCCCCAGAUGCGAAAAGUGAAGCCCACCAAACGUCACCAGCUGUCCUCCAGGUACAGCGGCUCCAACGUGGAUCAGCAAGAUCUGAACUCCAACCUCACCCUACUAUCUCUGUUUGAAAAUGACGAACAAGAAGAGCCUGAGAUCGAGGAUUACGAAAGUAACUCUGACCAUGAAUCUACUUAUACACUGCCCUCCACACGUCACACCUCAGCCAGUGUCCUUGACGAGCUCUUUGACUGAAGGCACAGAGACCUGGACCUUCUUUUUGAUUAAUACGUCUCUUCAAGUCUGCUGCAUUUUCAGAGAUUUCAGUAUGUUUGAGUGUAUUUCAGUAUUCGGCCCAUCUGUUCUUCUAAAUGACCCCUCACUGAGUUCAGAUCUAUUUCAGUCAUUCAUUUUUAUGGGGGGGAAGAAAAAGGCAAAAUGUUGAUUAAGUCUGGGGACGCCCUUUGUUUUCAUUCACUGUUAGAAAUGUUGAUGUUUUGAACAUGAAUACACCAAAUUUUCAAAAGAUGGGUUGAAAUUCAGUUAGAUCCCUGGAGGUCAGCAGCCAGAUGAAAUAUCUUUGUGUUUUGAAAUCAGUUUCAUUAUAUUCUGCAGUCUUGUUGACCUUUUUUUGAACACUUGUUAAUUUAAUUUAGUUUAUUAAAAUCUGCUUAAUUGAACAAAAUAACACUAAAUGUGUGUCUUUAAUAAAGCCACAAGGAAAGAUGUGAAUGAGUGAGCAUAACAGCAGCAAAAAUUCUUAAAUAUAAAAAAGCAGACUUGGUGCCAUUUAAAGAAUGCAGAUACUGUACGAUGUUACAUUUUUGUGUAUAAAUGAUUUUACUACACGAUGAGAACAAUAUGCUAGACGUCGGACUGCAGAAUAUAAAGGUUAAUUAGAAAACUAGAUCAAAAAAGAACAUCGUUUAAAACAUUAAAAGCAAUGCACUCAUCUGUCUUCA